CUUGUUAACAAAUUAAACAAAAUACAAAUAAUCAACAUUUGUUAACAAAGUAAACAAAAAACAGAGUAACUAACAAAUUUUUGAAUGUAUCAAGGGAGAGCAAUGUAAUUAUGUUGAAAGUGUUGAAUUAAUUGUAUUUUUUAAAAAAAAAAAAACUUUAGGGGGAGUGAGUGUAAUUUACGGUGACAUUAUUGUUUUGGUUAUAAAUCUCAAUUAGGAGACAAAUGGUGUUAUGAACCAACGUGGCUACUUGUAUUGGAAGCCUUGUUUACAUUUGUAAGUCUCUACAACUCUCGUGGUGGGUGGCCAACAGAAAUUUAUGGUUCUGUUUCCUUGUUAAACCUCUCUGUGUGUGUAUCUAUGUUUAGGGGAAGGCUCCUCUUUGCUGCUGGUUACAUAAGCCUUCUUGUUCAUGUUCUCUUUUGUGUAAAUUGUUGUAAUUCUUCUUCUUGUGGAGAUAUCCAUAACAUCAGUUUCCCCUUUCGACUCAAAUCCGACCCAGUUGAUAAUUGUGGAUACAAAUAUGCGGAACUUGAAUGCGAGAACAAUCGGACAGUACUAUACUUGUAUUCUCGUAAAUACUACGUGCAGGCCAUCAACUAUGAAACUGACGACAGCGGCAGCAUCAGCCUGGUGGAUGUGGGGAUACAGAGGAAUAAUUGCUCUUCUCUUCCUCUUCCUCUUCCUCUUGAUUCUUUUAAUCCUAGCAACUUUACUAAAACAGUAGGUCCCAUAUAUUACAGUGUUGACUAUAUAGGAUCAUGUGUAGCGUUAGUGAGUUGUGAAAAACCAGUGAAAUCUCGUCUCUACAUAGACACUACUAGUAAUAUUAGUACCGCUUUCUGUGAAAACAAAGGAGGAGGAGGAGGAGGAGGAGUCAGAGGUUCGUCAUCGUCGAAAAAGCAUUCAUACGUUCUGGUCCCAAGCGACUAUGCUCUUGAUUGGUCAGAUGUUGCAAACUUAUGCAGCGUCGACAUGCUUUUUCCGAUAAGGCUGUUCCAGCUUCCAGAUGGUCGUCUACGUAACAUGACGAGCUUGUUGGAGGUCCACAACGCGUUGGCUGAUGGAUUUGAUCUUUACUGGUAUGUCAACAACUACGAAUAUUGCAGACUUCAGGCGCAUUGCUCCUUCAAUCAUACUCAAAAUUACACCGCCGCCGUUUGCCAUGGUCUACGUAGUAGGUUUUCGGCCUUUCUAGAUGCGUACGUCCAAGACACCCUUUUUUUUUAAUCUUAUUUUAUUAUU